AUGUCAUUGACGGAUGACCAGGUGGCGGGGGAGCUAAAGAAGAUGACAGCGUUCAUCAAGCAGGAGGCGCAGGAAAAGGCCCAUGAGAUUCAGAUAAAAGCAGAUGAGGAAUUCACUAUCGAGAAAGGGAGACUCGUACGCUCCGAAACAGUCUCUAUUGAUACUCAGUUCGAGCGAAAACACAAGCAAGCCGAGUUAUCACAACAAAUUGCCCGAUCAAAUGUCACAAAUAAAACGAGGCUCAAGGUAUUGGGUGUUAGGCAGGAGCUAUUAGAGAGCAUUUUUGAAGAUGCUAGGAAAAGCUUAGGCCAGAUAGCCAAUGAUAAAGCUAGAUACGCAGAUGUCCUUGAGGGACUGAUUUUAGAAGGUGCAUUCGCCCUCGCGGAACCGAGUAUCUCAGUAAGGGCUAGGAAAAUGGAUUUUGAUCUGGUCAAAUCUGCCGCCGAUUCUGCAUCCUCAGCAUACGCUGAGAAAACCGGCCAGAAUAUUAAGAUCACACUAGAUGAAGCUGGGGAACUACCAACGGAUUGCGCCGGGGGUGUCUUCGUUAUCAGCGGCAAUGGGCGUAUUGAUAUCAACAAUACUUUUGAGGAGCGCCUUGGCAUUCUAGAAGACGAAGCUCUACCAGCGGUCCGAAACACUCUAUUUGGGCCUUCGCCCAAUCGCAAGUUUUACGACUAG